GCGCCCAAUUAAUUUCAGAUUUUGUUCUCACUCAAUUCUAGUGCGCAAGCAAGAGAUAGAGAGCGAGAGACCUAAGAGCGAAGGAUCGAUUUCGUCAUUUUUGUUUCUUACAAUCUCGAUCUCCGAUCUCGAGAUGCAGAAGUUAGGUUUUCCGGCGAUGAAGAGCUUGGAUCAACUCCGAUCGUUGUCUGGAUCGGCGAAGACGCACUCCUUCUCCACUCGUCCGCCUCAGAAUUCCUUAUCCUCCGGAAGUUUCUCGAAUUUGAAGCUCACUGCAGAGAAACUGGUGAAGGAUCAGGCGGCUAUGAGAACAGAUCUUGAACUGGCGAAUUGUAAGCUGAAAAAGUCAAUGGAGCAUGUCUAUGCCUUAGAGGAUAAACUGCAGAACGCUUUUAAUGAGAAUGCUAAGCUCAGAGUUAGGCAAAAGGAAGAUGAAAAGCUUUGGAGAGGAUUGGAGUCUAAGUUCUCUUCAACAAAGGCUCUUUGUGAUCAACUUACUGAGACUCUGCAGCAUUUGGCUUCUCAAGUUCAGGAUGCUGAGAAGGAUAAGGACUCUUUCCAGAGCAAAUUCAAUACUAGUUCAGAAGCAAUAGACUUUUUAAACCAGCAGCUGCGAGACAUGUCUUUAAGAUUAGAUGAUGCUAAAGAAAACAUCAAAACCAGAGACAAGGAAUUUGAGAAGCUCAAACUUGAGAAGGAACAGAAGGAAAUGCUUUAUCUAAAUGAACAGUGCAGAACUGCCAGUCUCAUAGAGAAGAAAGAUACUGUGAUAACUGAGUUGGAAGCCACUGCAGCCGAAAGAAAAAUCAACAUUGAAAACUUAAAUUCCCAACUAGAAAAAGUACAUUUGGAGUUAACAGCAAAAGAAGACGAGGUCAAAGACCUUGUUAGUAUCCAAGAGAAGUUGGAAAAAGAAAAGACGAGUGUGCAGCUGAGUGCAGAUGAACUGUGUGAAAAACUGGUCAGCUCAGAACAGGAGGUUAAAAAGCUCGAUGACCUUGUCCGGUACUUGGCAGCCGAGUUGACCAAACUGGAUAUAAAGAAUUUGACCAUUAAGGAGAAGUUUGAUCAACUAAGUGGCCUUUAUGAUACCCACUUUAUGUUGCUGCAAAAAGACAGAGAUCUUGCAUCUGAUCGUGCUCAAAGAUCAUUUAAUCAACUCCGGGGAAAGUUAUUUAGCGUAACUGCCGAAAAAGAAGAUUUGGAAUCAGCAUGCAAGGAUCUAAAUGAAAAAAUUGUUGAGCUCCAGACUGAUAAGGAAUCUUUAAUAUCUCAACUUUCUGGGAUACGCUGUUCUACAAGCCAGACCAUUGGUAAACUGGAGUUGGAAGCAAAAGGACUAGUUUCGAAACAUGCUGAGGCAGAAUCAGUGAUUUUAAAGCUGAAAGAGGAAAUAGAAACUUUAUCAGAAAGUGUGAAGACAUCAGAGGAUAAGAAGCAAACAUUGUCAUUGGAGCUUUCAUCAUUAACGAUUGAAAACAAAGAGAAAUACGAGAAACUGCAGGCAGAUGCACAGAGGCAAGUUGAGGAAAUAGAGGCUUUACAGAAAGAGAGUGAGAGCCAUCAGCUGCAGGCGGAUUUAUUGGCAAAAGAAGUGAACGAGCUCCAAACUAUCAUAGAGGAGAAAGGGCGUCUUAUCCACCAGUGCAAUGAAAACGAGAAGAAGUUAAACCAACAAAUCAUUAAGGAAAAGGAGUUACUGGUAACUGCUGAAACUAAGCUUGUCGAAGCAAAGAAGCAAUAUGAUAUGAUGCUAGAAAGUAAACAGUUGGAAUUAUCGAGGCACUUGAAAGAAUUAUCACAGAGGAAUGACCAGGCAAUUAAUGAUAUCAGGAGGAAGUAUGACGUGGAGAAGCAGGAAAUUAUUAAUGCUGAAAAGGAUAAGGUUGAAAAGAUUAUCACAGAGUUAUCCACUAAAUAUGAAAAAGAACUCUCAGAUUGCAAAGAAGGAGCAAAGGGGCAAGUGCUGACCAUUCAAGAGGAACAUGCUUCUCUGAUUCUCAGUAUUAGGGAGGAGCAUGAGAGUAAGGAGCUCAAUCUCAAAGCUAAGUAUGACCAGGAACUAAGACAAAAUCAGAUUCAGGCUGAAAAUGAACUGAAAGAGAGGAUAACAGCUCUCAAGAGUGAGCAUGAUGUUCAGUUGAAAGCAUUCAAGUGUCAGUAUGAAGAUGAUUGUAAGAAGCUGCAAGAAGAAUUAGAUCUUCAAAGGAAAAAAGAAGAGAGACAAAGAGCUUUGGUCCAGCUACAGUGGAAGGUGAUGAGUGACAAUCCACCUGAGGAGCAAGAAGUAAACUCAAACAAGAACUAUUCAAUUUCAAAAGAUUCUCGUCUUGGUGGUAGCAAAAGAAACGAGCAUAUAAGAAUGAGGGAAGACAAUGACGACGAACAGGACUCUCCUUUGGUGCAGGCAAAAGAAACACCUGUGUCCAAAAUAUUGAGGAAAUCUCAAAACGUAAACACAGGAAGCAUACUGAGCAUUCCAAAUCCAAAGCGUCAUAGCAGGGGAACUCAUAGUGAGUAUGAAGUUGAAACGAACAAUGGGAGGGUAACCAAACGGAGAAAAACAAGAAAUAUAGCCAUGUUUGAGGAGCCACGAAGACGCAGUACUAGGUUGACACCCAAAUUGAAGAGCCCCAAUAGUAUCACCAAGGGAACAAUGAUGACCGGUCAACCUCGCUCUGCAAGUAUUGGAGACUUGUUUUCAGAAGGCUCCCUCAACCCAUAUGCUGAUGAUCCCUAUGCAUUUGAUUAACCCAUAUGGUGAUGAUCCCUAUGCAUUUGAUUGAAGUGUACCUCACAAAAACACUAAUUCCAAGUGGAGAGAUCACUGAGGUCUGAAACAAAUCACCAGGAAGAAAUUGGAUAGCAGUAGGGUCAUGCUGAUCGAAGCCAUUCAUAUAAGCAUAGAACAAAACUAUCAGUACUAGUAGUAUAUUACAUAACUCAUACUAUCUAACUCUUUGAAUUUUGUAAAUAAUGGGGUUUGGGCUCAUAAACAGGUUAAUAAUAAGAAAUGGAAUA